AAUAACAAAAAAAUUUUUGGUCUAAUAAUAAUAAAAAAGGAAAUAAGAAUGAAAAAGAUCAGCAUUUGUGUCAUUGGUUCUGGGAGUUUAGCCACGUCCUUAGCUAAAAUUUUGGCCCAUAAUGCAGUCCUACUGCCACAUGUUGAAGAUCGUGUCAAUAUAUUUGUCUACGAUGAGCUCUACAAUGAUGUGCCCCUCGGUGAUAUUAUCAAUAGUCGCCAUGUUAAUGAGAAAUAUUUGCCAAUGAUUGAGUUGCCAGAAAAUUUAGUUGCCUGCACAGAUAUGGUGGAGACAGCCAAACUUGCCGAUGUAAUUGUCUUUGCAAUACCUCGGCAUUGCAUAUUGGUUACUUGCAAUAUUCUAAUGGGUAAAAUAAAACCAAAUGCCAUGGCUAUAUCAGUUAUAGAAGGAUUUUCGCUAAAGGAAAAUGGAGAAAUUCAACUAAUUUCACAAGAGAUUGUGAAAAGUCUUAAGAUUCCUUGUGGUGUCCUAAUGAGCGUUAAUUUGGCCAAUGAAGUGGCUCUUGACAGAUAUUGUGAGGCCACUUUGGGUUGCCGUGACUUGAAAAAUAUUAAAUUAUAUAAGGAUCUAUUUAGUGCUCCAAAAUUCCGGUUAACCGUAAUUGAUGAUGUUGAAUGUGUGGAAGUUUGUGGAUUUUUGAAGCAUAUGAUUGCCUUCGCUUCGGGUUUACUGGAUGGCCUAGAGACAAAUGAGAACACCAAAUCUGCCUGUCUGCGAUUUGGUCUCAUUGAAAUGAUACGCUUCAUCGAUGUCUUUUAUCCAGGAUGUAAAUUGUCAACAUUUUUUGAAAGUUGCGGCAUUGCUGAUGUUAUGACCGUUUGUCGCAGUAGCCGUAAUCGUCGUUUGGGAGAAAUUGUUGUGAAGACUGGACAUACGGUUGUACAUUUGGAGAAGCAGCUAAUGGGUGGUGAAAUGAUUCUUGGCACAAUGACAGUGAAAGCGGUUAACUACAUGAUACAACAAAAGGGACUUCAAAAUAAAUUUCCUUUAUUUUCAACAUUAUAUAACAUUUGUGAAAAUAAGAGCAAACCCGAGGAUUUACUGAAUUCUAUAAUUUCUAAUCCCAAUAUAAUCUACCAUCCCACAAAAUUGCGUCCACUCUAAUAAUGACUAGGGCUGAAGACAGUAUUAGAAUAUUUCAAUAAAAUA